AUCGGUCACAUACGAAUUCCUUGCACAUUUUGGAAUACUAUUAUCUCAGUUACUAGCAGUUCACGGUUUACUGGAGUGUCAGCAAGAUGCAGUGCUGAAACACUGCACGCUCAUGAGAACGCUUGUCUGUGGGCUAACUCCUAAACCCUGUGCUGUCCCUUGUUAUUACACAGCAGUAUUUGGGGUGGCGCGCCUGUCACCCGACAGUUCUUUCGCUGGUCGGAGGCUUUUACUCAAAGAUGGCUAGAGAAACGUAGCUGGUUGUGGGGCCUGUUUUGUUUGGUUGGGUUUUUUCACCGUCAAUUGUAACGGUAGAGAGCCGGUGUGACACGCGGGGUUGGACAGGAGCUGGAAGACGGGAAAGAGGCUGUGACAUCACAGGCACCAGUCAUAACAGGAAGCAAACAAAAAGCGAAAACGUAGGACGCCUUUCUAGCGUUAGUUCUGUUUCUUUUCAAAGUGAAUAUAGUGUGGUUGCUAACAAUGUACGAGGAACCAUGGGACACGGAGUAGGCUAAACCACCAGGACUAGCAGCACACAACAAUUGUUUCCCACUGUGGUGUAUGACAUGGCCACGGCCUCAUCCAGAUCUGAGUCGAGCUACAACCACAGAGGAACAUCCCCGCUUCAUGCCAUUGUUUCCUGUGCCAAAAUCAAGAGGAAGAAAAGCCUCUUUGGGACUGCCAUUUAUGUGGAGGUGACAGCAGAGGGGGAAUCACGGCGCACUGCGAAGUCCCACAACUCCUCCAGUCCUAAAUGGGAUGAGAGUCUCACUUUGAAUGUAACACCGCACACACAAGUGGACUUUAAAGUAUGGAGUCACCACACCCUGAAAGCAGACGCUCUGCUGGGAAAAGCCACACUGGACUUAAUGCAAGCACUGGAGCAGCACGACCGAAAAUUGGAGAAUGUGAAGGAGGUGUUGAAGUUGAGUGUAGAACAGAAAGGAGCUGUGUUGCCUGCGGGGGAGUUGACCGUCUACCUUGAUGGACUCACUGUCGCUGACCAAGAAGAUCCUGCACCGCUUACGAAUGGCAAUGCAGCAAAUGGCACAAAAGCCCAACAGAAUGGAGAUACCAUCCAUGAAAAUGGGGAUUCGUCAUCUGCUUCCUCGAGGGCUGCCAACAGCACUGUGAAUGGUACCGACCUCGGCCAGAGGUCAGAUUCUUGUUCAGCCUUUAAUGGUGUUGAUGACGAGGUGCCUUCUAGCUCCUGCAGCCCUGCUCGUUGUCACAUUGUCAACGGAGAUACUACACCCAACUCUACGCCGGUCCACCAACCCACGGGCAGCGACACGGAGAGUAAAACGGUCAAUGGGGAGUCCUGUGACGUAGACCUGAGACCGUUAUGUGCGACGUCGAGCGAUGUGCCGUCGUCCUCCGAAGACCGUGAGUUCUGCAGUCAAGAUGUCCCCGCGCCCGACACCACCACCAUCACCACCACCACCACAGCACCAAAUGCCACAACUCAACUGUCACCUCCCGACACACAGGCGUCCACCUCCCCAUCUGAUAGUAAACCUCCUGAAAGCGAUGCUGCUACUGCUCCUCCUCCUGCCGCUCCUGCUGCUGCUGCUGCUCCUGCUGUCACGUCCUCUGCCGCUGCUUCCUCCACUCCUACCACCUCAGCCCAAGGGGCCCCCACCAUCACAACCUCCUCGUCGCUGUCCUCUUCCUCCUCAGCCCAAGGUGAAGCAAACUCUUCAGGUGCUGCUGGCGGUAGCAGCAGCAGUAGCAUAGCAACGGUGCCCGCGGACGGGGGCAAGCCCAGGCAGCAGGCUCCCAAUGCUGGGGCACCGGACCCUCUACCACCAGGUUGGGAGCAGAGAAAAGACCCACACGGAAGAACAUACUACGUAGACCACAAUACCAGAACGACCACCUGGGAAAGACCACAGCCACUGCCACCAGGUUGGGAGCGCCGUGUGGACGACCGUGGCAGGAUCUAUUAUGUGGACCACAAUACCCGCACCACCACAUGGCAGCGUCCCACCAUGGAGUCGGUGCGCAACUUUGAGCAGUGGCAGAGUCAGCGCAGCCAAUUGCAGGGAGCUAUGCACCAGUUUAACCAGAGAUACCUCUACUCUGCAUCGAUGAUGUCUGCUGAAAACGAUCCUCUCGGCCCACUACCUCCAGGCUGGGAGAGACGUGUCGACUCCAAUGAUCGAGUGUACUUCGUCAACCACAACACCAAGACAACGCAGUGGGAGGACCCGCGAACCCAAGGGCUACAAAACGAGGACCCUCUGCCUGAAGGCUGGGAGAUCAGAUACACCAGAGAAGGUGUGCGCUACUUUGUGGAUCACAACACUCGAACCACAACUUUCAACGACCCGCGCACCGGAAAAUCCUCUGUCACCAAAGGCCCUCAGAUUGCUUAUGAGCGCAGCUUCCGAUGGAAACUAGCCCAUUUUCGAUAUCUGUGCCAGUCCAACGCUCUCCCUAGCCACGUGAAGAUCACUGUCUCCAGACAGUCACUGUUUGAAGACUCUUUCCAGCAAAUUAUGGCACUCAAACCCUACGAUUUGAGGAGAAGACUAUAUGUCAUUUUCAGAGGCGAGGAGGGUCUGGACUACGGUGGCUUGGCUAGGGAGUGGUUCUUCUUGUUGUCCCAUGAGGUGCUGAACCCCAUGUACUGUUUGUUUGAGUACGCUGGGAAGAGUAACUACUGUCUGCAGAUCAACCCGGCCUCGGCCAUCAACCCCGACCACCUCUCCUACUUCUGUUUCAUCGGGCGCUUCAUUGCAAUGGCACUGUUCCACGGCAAGUUCAUUGACACAGGCUUCUCCCUGCCUUUCUACAAACGCAUGUUGAACAAGAAGCUCAUCCUCAAAGAUCUGGAGUCUAUUGACCCAGAGUUCUACAACUCCCUUAUAUGGAUCAGGGACAACAACAUCGAAGAGUGCAAUCUGGAGAUGUAUUUCUCAGUGGACAUGGAAAUCCUGGGAAAGAUCACCUCACAUGACCUCAAACCAGAUGGCGCUAAUGUCCUGGUCACCGAGGAAAACAAGGAGGAAUAUAUCAGCCUAAUGGCAGAGUGGAGGUUCUCCCGAGGGGUUGAAGGUCAGACCAAAGCUUUUCUUGAUGGUUUCAACGAGGUGGUUCCACUGCAGUGGCUGCAGUACUUUGACGAAAAGGAGCUGGAGGUGAUGCUGUGUGGCAUGCAGGAGGUCGAUCUUCAGGACUGGCAGAGGAACACAGUGUAUCGACACUACACCAGGAACAGCAAACAGAUCAUUUGGUUCUGGCAGCUGGUAAAAGAAGUGGACAACGAAGUGAGACUGCGGCUCAUGCAGUUUGUCACUGGAACGUGCCGACUUCCUCUGGGCGGCUUCGCCGAACUUAUGGGAAGCAACGGGCCACAGAAGUUCUGCAUCGAGAAAGUGGGGAAGGACACCUGGCUUCCUCGGAGCCACACCUGUUUUAAUCGCCUCGACCUGCCUCCCUACAAAAGCUUUGAACAGCUGAAGGAGAAGCUGCUGUUUGCCAUAGAAGAAACAGAAGGAUUUGGCCAAGAAUAGAGGGAGGAGUCUUUGUUUCUUUCUUCCUCCCUGAUUUUUUUUUUUCCUUCUCCCUCCCCCUUCACUGUUGAUCCGUUCAAGUAAAACUACAAAAAAGAAAUUGCACAAGAAAAACCACCAAUGUAUAUAAGCUAUUUUUUCAUUUUAAACCAAAUCUUAAUUUGCAGCGUUGUUUUUUCUGCUGCAGCCGUUCCCCAGCCCUUAUAUAAUAUAUAUAAAUAUAAUAUACCGUCAUGAAAUAUGCAAGAUUUAUAGCAUUUUUGUUUGUCUGUUUAAAAACAGAUGUAUCAUGGGUAUUUUUUAAUUUCCUCCCCUACUGCUGACUGGCUUUUUAAAAACAGACUGAAAGCAUUUUCGAGAGGAUUUUACGGUAGAAGCACAUUCUACUUUUAGAGCUCUAGUUCUAUAGAGCUUUUAAAUGGUAAGAGUAGUAUUGGGGUCCAGUGCCUGAUUUUCUUCUUCUUUUUUUCCCCCCUACUCCUCCUCUCUCUGGACCCAUAGUGAUAAUGUUUAUUUGCGUGCUUGCAUGGCUGCCUCAGAAGAUGAGUAAAAAGAGCAUUACACACCAGAGACACAAAUAGCCUGGAUCAUUCUAAAUCUAAAUGAGCAACUUUGACCUAAAAGGCAAAAAAAAAAAAGGGGAAACACAGAUGAAGCAACAAAAAAAAAGAAGAUUGACCCUAUUUGAUUAAGACCAUGUUUGUUUGUUUUGGGUUUUUUUUAAGCUACUGGACGAACACUACAUAAAAAAAAAAAAAUAGGAAGACAUGUAUUCCACUUCAGCUGCUGUUUUCUGCUUUGGUGAAUCAAACGUCCAUUCAGUUGGAGAGUUGCAACUGAAUGCGCUGCAGUUUGGAGAGUUCUCAUACAAAAAUAAAAAGAAGAAAUACCAAACACCAGAUUGGGGCGGCUCACUGGUUAAUUGUGCUUCGAACUUGGCUGAAUCUCUGUCGAUUUCUUUGAAUUCUGUAGCUGUCUAGUCUGAAGUCCCGUCUGUGGAGUCACUGUGAUUUAUAGAACGGGGAACAUCGCAGCACUCAUUCGACAACAUGCGAACCGGCGGCGCCGUACGCUCGCCAAAUGCAGUCACAGAACGGUUUAAAUCAGAGGUGUCAAACUCAUUUUGGUCCACUACAGCCUGACUAGACGUCAAGUGACCAGUGCAAUCAUAAGUCCAUGUUUUUCCCCUUUGUUUUUAUGCAAAUUGGUUCACGUUUUAGAAAAUAAUUACAUUUAAUGAAAUAUCAUUUGACAAAACAUCACUUUUUUUUUUUAAAUUCAUAAAUUCAGCGGACUAAUUUUGGCCCGCGGGCCGUAUGUUUGACAUCCCCGUGUUUAAAUAAGAGCUUUGACGUUGCUCGGUGCUGCUGUCAGAACCGAUUCGGCCGUGAUCUGAACUCCACCCCUGGCAUAUUUCACGAGAACGUCACAGCGACGUAACAGGUUGUUCCGAAUGUCAUCGUUGCAGCGCUGAUGCCGAGCCUGCAUGUGUGUGUGUGUGUGUGUGUGUGUAUAUGUGAGACACUACAACAGUCGUGCUCUGCAUUACCGGCCUUUAGUGCUUAAGCAGAGGUCACCUCGUACGGCGAAGGUCACCUCUCCCUCCGUCCAUUUCUAAGUAACUGAUCCGGUGCUGACUGCGGGAUAACCACACAAAAAAAACAUCAAGUAGAAACACUAAGUACAGAAGCGGGGGUUACCUUUGGAGCGCCGUGUGGUCAAUGCUCAAGGUUAGUAACAUUCUCGGUCAAGUGUAUAACGGUGUCGUAGAGCGAGGAGCACCAAUGAAGGAGCGUUCACUGUAGCAGGAGGGCCUGACCUUUAAGAAAACUCCAAACCAACUUUCACAGUGUGCUUCCUUUAAAGCAGAAACCUGUAAUACACCUUUGUUUGUGCGUAGUCCUUGUAUUUAAAAAAAAAAAAAAAAAAAA